ACGAAGCAGCUCGUCAUGACAUGCGUACGCGCUGCUCAGUCGUACCGCGCAUUUCAAACCCCGUGAACGCGCGUCCGUUCAUUUAUUCCGUCGAUCAAACACUGGUUCAAUGACACUUGGAGAUCGAGAUGAUAUUCGGUACAUAUUGAUUUCGAAAACGGACCACCAAUGAAUGAUUGUGGAUUAUAGGAGAUGUUACAAAUACAAUCAUAGUUUUGUAGAAAAUAUUUAUUUCGGAAAACAAGGAGCAAAAUGCAAUUCAUAUUUCUAUUGAUUGUUGUGGCUUCGGUGCCAGAAGCCUGGGCGAAGACGAGAAGAUAUACAAGGUUGCAAACAGAUCCUUUAUCCAAGACAAGAUGUGAUUUGAUCUGUAUCGAUGCAAGCAAGGAAACUAAAUCUCAGUGGCGUUCAGCAUGUCGAGCAGAGGAACGGAAACCGGGCACGUGUCCAUCUGAAGAGAAUCCUCGGUGGGCAGCUGCUUGUGUCGAAGCCUGCAAUCAGGACUCGCAGUGCGAUGGAACGCAACGAUGCUGCAAACACGGGUGCAGCUCCAUGUGCAAUGAGCCUGUGGACUUGCUGAAUUUACCAGGUCUCCCAGCUUUGCCAACAAUGGAAGAACCUAAAGAGAGACGUCGCGCAGUUCAGAUCAAAUGGUCAGAUGGUGUAGGCGACACGGCGAGAGCUGUACCAGGUCGAGUUCUUUACUUGUUAGAAGAGCAACACCAUCUAGGCCCUAAAUAUGAAGAAUCCAGACUUGGAGAUUGGAAUCUUAUUAUGAGAACCAACAAAACCAAAGUAUCGCUCAAGAACCUACUAAAGCCGGGUCGGUGGUACCGUUUCCGAGUAGCUGCAGUCAGCUCGGCAGGAACUAGAGGAUAUUCAGCACCGAGCCCCCCAUUCACACCACGGAAAGGUCCUAGGCCACCACCGCCGCCGAAGAAAUUGAAGGUUCAGCCAGUGAAAUCAGACAAUGGUACAGUGACAAUACGACUCGAAUGGAAGGAGCCGAAAUCUGAUAUGCCCGUGAUGCGAUAUAAAGUGUUCUGGAGUAGACGAGUUCGUGGGCUCGGCGGCGAAUUAGAUUCAGUGCUUGUCAACCACCAAACUGUUCCAAAGGAGCAAAACUACGUUGAAAUCAGUGACCUGCAGCCUAAUUCAAUGUACUUCUUGCAAGUCCAAACAAUUAGUAUGUUCGGUCUAGGAAAACUUCGAAGUGAAAAGGCAGCCAUUUUCUACAACACAACUAGCGGGACAGAUGAACAAGAACCCGAAACUCUCAAAAGACGAAAAGAAGACAACCAAGACAGGCUUAUUCGAGGGCUGAAAUUGAAUAAACUCACGUGGUUAGAUCACAAGAUUGAAGCUAAAAUCUCCUGGAACCCAAUCCACCCUAAAGGACAACGGAAAAACACAUAUUACGUGCACUGGAAAACUUUAACAUGCCAAGAUCCAGAUAAGGAAUUGAAAGAACUCUCAGCAACUACUGAGCAAAACUCCUUUGAAAUCUACGAGCUGGACUACAAAUGUAACUACACCAUCAACGUUAACAAAUCAAACAACAAGAGGAAUCCCGAUUCAGAAUUAAUUUUAAGUGUUCCUGGAUGUGAUUAUUUCAAGAAGAAAGUGAAAAACGCCACAAUCACUUGUAAAACGUAAAAGAACUCACAAAGUGAAAUAAAAAAAUGUAAAUUUUC